CAGACACUGGCUCCCACUUCGCACCGCCGGAGCUCGGGCGAGCGCGCUUGGUCCGUCCCGCUCCCCUUGCUGCCCUGGAGAGUCUCGCCCGGGCCAGGAGAACGCGCCCCGCCGGCUCCCGAAAGCCCCGGGCCGCAGCCCCAGUCCGGGAGAGGAGGGAGCCGAGGGAGCGCGCGUGGAUUGUUAGGGCCGGGCGGCAGCUGCACCUGGGCAGGCGCAGGGGGGCGGCAGCUGCUGGGGGGGGGGGUCUCCCUUCCCCAUGGGGGGCUCCAUGCCCGGCCUGCAGCAGGCGGCUCUGGGAGACGGGGCUGGCCCCCUCUAGGGGCGGUGAAUGCAGGGGCGCCUCGGACCGCGGAGACUCCUCGCUCGGGAGAGAACUUUCCCUUUCGGCCCCCGCCGGCUGGCGCUGUGACAUCCGCCCCACGCGUGGGGGGCUGCGCGUUAUCCUGUUGCUCCAAGGCCCCCCCGGCGCCCGCCGCAGCCGGGCCCAGCGAAGAGCAGCGGGGGAGAGAGCAGCGCUCGGAGCAACACGCGAGGACAAAAGCCAAGAGUCUCGGCACUGAAGGGCAAUUAUGCCUCAGCUGUCGGGCGCCGGAGGCGGCGGCGGGGGGGACCCGGAGCUGUGCGCAACCGAUGAAAUGAUCCCGUUCAAAGACGAAGGCGACCCUCAGAAAGAGAAGAUCUUCGCCGAGAUCAGCCACCCGGAGGAAGAAGGCGACUUGGCUGACAUCAAGUCCUCGCUGGUGAACGAGUCCGAGAUCACCCCCAGCAGCAAUGGGCACGAGGUUUCCAGGCAAGCCCAAGGUCAGGAAUCCUAUCAUGACAAAGGCAGAGAACAUUCUGAAGAAGGAAAACAUCCAGAUGGUGGCUUAUACAGCAAAGGCCCAUCCUACUCUGGUUAUUCUGGGUAUAUCAUGAUGCCAAAUAUGAAUAAUGACCCCUACAUGUCUAAUGGAUCUCUGUCUCCACCCAUCCCUAGAACAUCAAAUAAGGUGCCAGUGGUGCAGCCUUCACAUGCAGUUCAUCCUCUUACUCCACUUAUCACUUACAGCGACGAGCACUUUUCUCCAGGGUCACACCCUUCACACAUCCCUUCAGAUGUCAAUUCCAAACAAGGCAUGUCCAGGCAUCCUCAAGCUCCUGAUAUCCCUACCUUCUAUCCCUUGUCUCCUGGUGGUGUAGGACAGAUAACACCACCUCUUGGCUGGCAAGGUCAGCCUGUAUAUCCCAUCUCGAGUGGAUUCAGGCAGCCCUACCCAUCCUCACUCUCAGUCGACCCUUCCAUGUCCAGGUUUUCACAUCACAUGAUUCCUGGACCUCCAGGCCCUCACACAACUGGAAUCCCUCACCCAGCUAUUGUAACACCUCAAGUCAAACAGGAACAUCCACACACUGACAGCGACUUAAUGCAUGUGAAGCCUCAGCAUGAGCAGAGAAAAGAGCAAGAGCCGAAAAGACCUCACAUUAAAAAACCUCUGAAUGCUUUCAUGUUAUACAUGAAAGAAAUGAGAGCAAACGUCGUAGCAGAGUGUACUCUGAAAGAGAGCGCAGCUAUCAACCAGAUUCUUGGCAGAAGGUGGCAUGCUCUCUCCCGUGAAGAACAAGCUAAAUAUUAUGAACUAGCUCGUAAAGAAAGGCAGCUACACAUGCAGCUUUACCCAGGCUGGUCUGCAAGAGAUAACUAUGGGAAGAAAAAGAAGAGGAAGAGAGAAAAACUACAGGAGUCAACAUCAGGUGGGAAAAGAAAUGCGUUCUCAACAUGCAAAGCAAAGGCAGCGACGCCAGGACCCCUUCUGGAGAUGGAAGCUUGUUAAUACCCCAGGUGUGUCCUUCAUCUGUACAGACCACCCCCACGGGUCUUUCCAGGAUGUUGAAUUCACCAUGAUGUCACUGCUAAAGACACUGAAUCAUAAAGACAAUCACUGCCAAAAUAUUUCACUACCACAGGACCCCAGCCCUGAUUAUAGAAUGGAGCAAAUGAGUAUUUCAGAUUGCUCAGGUUGGCAGAACAUCUUUCAUCUUCACCUUGCACUCCUAAGCCUGUCUCUCUCCUGUUUCCAUACUGAGUCAGCAACAGGUAGGUCAGCUGUUUCUGCCUGCUUCAGCCAACUGAACACAGCUACCCACAUGUAGCACAUUGAAGAAUGGAAGUCAUCUGGACGAGGAAGAUGCUCAGACUUUUUUUUAUUUAAUGGUGCAAAAGGAUCAAUUUUGUUUUUAGCUUUAAGACACUUGAAUGCUUUUAUAUUUUAACUCUUAGUUUCUAACUUCAUUGGUGUAUAUUUUACUAGCUGUGAGCUUUAAAUAAGCUUCAACUAUCUGAUUUUUUUUAAGUAUUUUUUUUUCUGACAGAGGAGAAGAAAAAAAACCUGUAUGGAAAACGUGGCUUUUUGUUAAACUAUUUGUAACAAAUAGUGGCCUCUCAGUCUAUGUAAUAGAGUGUCCUAGAGAACUUAAAUAAAUGUAACACCACAGUCAGGUGGUCAGUAGACAUGUCACUCCUGUUUCAUUUACACUCUGUAAACAUAAGCAAUACAUCCAGUAAAUUCAACUGCAGUGAGUUCUUCUCACCCCUUUCCCUCUUCCUUGUAAAAACAACAAAAAGCCCAGCACUUGAAUUUACUUCACUUGUUCUGUAUUUGUACCUGUUUUUGUUAGCCUGUUAGUGGGAUUUUAUGCCAGUUGCUAAAAUGAGCAUCGAUGUACCCAUUUUUUAAAAGGCACAGCCUUUGCCAAAAAUGUUGUCAACUGAUUUUUUUGUCAUUCCAGUUUGAGUUAAUGUGCUGAGCAUUUGUUUUUUUUAAUAAAAGCUUUGUAAUAAAAA